AUGCUACAAGGCACGUUCUUCACGGCUCUGCUCGAUUUGAGUCCAAGGAUGAAUCAACAGGAUGCUGCCGAAUUCCUAACUUGUCUGUUGGAUAUGUUGCAUUCGGAAAUGAAACCGAAACGUGACAACUCGAAUAAUGGAAGUCUGGCCUCCGGUUCCGUUUCAUCCUUAACCUCAUCCAUGGAGGCUGCGGUCCGGCCUGGCUGCUGCAAAAACAGUAAUGAGAACGCUGACAACGGCAACUGUGACAACAACAACGGAUGCAUUAAUGCGGAUCAAGAGAGUAACGGCAGCAAUCACUCAUCCCGGGAACAUUCCAAGAAGGGUUCAAAGUUGAAAAACAUGAAAUUAUCACUGAGAAAACAUUCUAGCAGACGAACUCGUUGCAUUGAAUGUUCCUCGCGAGAUGAUCUGAGCAAAACUGAAGCAGCUCGGUAA